UCGAACAACUUACUCUAACUGCUCAAAACCCUCCACCCAUCCUAAAACCUCACUCUCCACCAUACUUGCUGUCCCCCAACACCAAUGUCGGCGACAACCGCUAGUACCUGCGGCAGAAUCGAAACUUACGAGGACUUCGUGAAAGUCCACGGUCUGCUCUUAGCAGCCUCGGGACUGCCCCAAUCACUUCAUCGCAAACUGUUCGAGAAACUAACAUCGGAAACAUUUGAUGGCGGAGCUUACUUCGAGAUCGAACCAUGCGAGGAUGGCCGACAGAGGCGGUUGUUAUUAACCUCCGACACCAUGCCUAAAGACUCCAACGUUUUCCUCGUCGACCAUGCCUGGACUUUUCGCCUCCCCGACGCCUACAAACAGUUGCAGGAGGUGCCGGGGCUGGCGCAGAGGAUGGCUGCUCUGAUGUGCUUGGACGUUGAUAAUGAUGCAGGUUUAGAAGAGGCCGUUGAAAACGGCGGGAAAAUGACGGCUGAGGAAGUUUUAGAGAGCGAAAUUCAAAACGCGAAAGCUAAUGGAGAUGGAGUUGUAAGGUGGUUGGAGCUCGAGGAGCUUGAAAUUGACGAUAAUACCUUCCUUUCUCUCGAUUUAUCCACUAAAUUUCCGGAUUUAAUGGCUCUUAGUUUGUGUGGGAACAAGCUCGAGAACACAGAGAAACUUGUCCAGGAAGUUACUAAAUUUAAGAACUUAAAGGCGCUUUGGUUGAACAAUAACCCGGUUCUUGAAAAAAGUGAUGGUGGUAUGGAAGAUGCAAUUCUUCGAGGAUGUCCCAAAUUGGAAAUCUAUAACUCUCGUUUUACCCGUAAUUUUGGUGAGUGGGCAUUGGGGUUUUGUGCAGAUGUAUAUGGGAAGGACAAUCCUGGCAAUAGUCAUCACGGUGACCUCGCUUUGCAAAGUGUGACGUCGCUUGACGUUUCAAAUAGAUGUAUUCAUAAUUUGAUCAAUAAGGCUUUCUCACCUUUUGAGAUGCCAAAUCUUUCACAUUUGAACAUUCGAGGGAAUCCAAUUGAAGAAAAUUCAGUCAGUAAUUUGUUUGGAAUCUUGAAGGCUUUUUAUUGCUUGCAAUCUUUGGAGGUGGAUAUACCUGGUCCACUUGGAGAGAGUGCUGUGGAAAUUCUUGAAUUCCUUCCCACUCUUUCCUCACUGAAUGGUGUUGAUGCAUCCAAAAUCUUAGAAACUGAAAAGCAUGUUGUUGAUUCAAUGCUUCAGCCACGUCUGCCUGAAUGGAGUGCUGAGGAACCUCUUGCUGAUUGUGUUCUUAAUGCAAUGUGGUUAUAUUUAAUGACAUAUAGGCUUGCAGAUGAGGAAAAGCUUGAUGAAACCCCAGUAUGGUAUGUUAUGGAUGAACUAGGUUCAGCUUUGCGGCAUAGUGAUGAGCCAAAUUUCAGAGUGGCUCCUUUUCUCUUCAUGCCAGAGGGGAAUCUGGCAUCAGCAGUGAGCUAUUCAAUAUUAUGGCCAACCCAGAAUGUUAAGAAAGGCGAAGAGUGUACUCGUGAUUACCUAUUUGGUAUUGGAGAGGAGAAGCAGCGUUCUGCCAGACUCACAGCUUGGUUCUACACGCCACAGAAUUAUUUUAUCCAAGAGUAUGAGAAGCAUCACAAUAAAUUGCAAUCGAGAAGUUUACCUUCUUUGCCCAUAGAGUCUUCUUUGACUAGUGGUGUCUGUUGCAGUGAUGGGAGUGCUUUAUGUGUUUACACUGAUAUACCUCAAGUGGAAGAAUUUUUGACACGGCCGGAAUUUGUGAUUACAAACGAGCCGAAGGAUGCAGAUAUUAUAUGGACAAGUAUGCAGGUGGAUGAAGAGAUGAAAAAAGUUGUGGGAAUAACAGAUCAACAAUAUGUAAACCAAUUUCCUUUUGAGGCUUGUCUUGUGAUGAAACAUCAUUUGGCUGAUACCAUACAAAAGGCACAGGGAUCUCCUGGAUGGUUGCAACCUACUUAUAAUCUUGAAACACAUCUAUCUCAACUUAUUGGUGACUAUUGUCUACGCAAGAGAGAUGGGCUCAACAAUCUGUGGAUCUUAAAACCUUGGAACAUGGCACGGACUAUUGAUACAACUGUAACUGAUAAUUUAUCUACCAUUAUCCGUCUCAUGGAAACUGGUCCAAAAAUAUGCCAGAAAUAUAUUGAGCACCCUGCUCUGUUCCAAGGAAAAAAGUUUGAUCUUCGUUAUAUUAUACUGGUUCGCAGUAUAACCCCUUUGGAUAUCUUCCUUUCAGAUGUCUUCUGGGUCAGAUUGGCAAACAACCCAUACACCCUUGAGAAGCAUAGUCUUUUUGAGUAUGAGACCCACUUCACCGUUAUGAACUACGGUCGGAGGUUGAAUCACAUUAACACACCAGAGUUUGUUAGGGAGUUCGAGAAGGAGCAUCAAGUUAAAUGGUUGGACAUCCAUCAAAGAGUAAAAACCAUGAUCAGAUCUGUCUUUGAGUCAGCUGCAGCAGUACAUCCAGAGAUGCAUGAUACAAAGUCUAGGGCUAUGUAUGGUGUGGAUGUAAUGCUUGAUGGUUCCUUCCAGCCAAAGUUAUUGGAGGUUACGUACUGCCCUGACUGUAUGAGAGCAUGCAAGUAUAAUACAGAAGCAAUAUUUGGAGGGGGAGAGGUAAUUAGAGGUCGUGACUUCUUCAAUUUUGUGUUUGGUUGUCUUUUUCUAAAUGAAAAUGUUCAUGCAAGCCAAUUGUAAUUUAACCAUGUGGAAUGUUUCAUUUGUAUCACUGUUAUAGUGCCAUAAUUAAAAUGAUCAACGGUCCUGGUUUCCCAAUACCUACUAUUUGGCUCAGAUGGGUUAGUAGCCAUUAUCUUUACACCAUUUAAUGCCCCGGGCUUGUUGUCAUUUUUAGCAUUUUAGGUUAAGCCAAAAUCUUUUAACAUUAUGUUAUAAGGUUAGCUAGUGGAAGAGCUUAACAUGCGAAUACAAGGACUAAAAUUUAAUGCAAAUGGGAGUCUGGGCUGAUAUCAUUCAAAUUUCAGCAUCCAACAAUGGAAAGAAAAAAAAAAAAGAAGAAAUAUACAGUUAUGUACAGGUCCCAGAACAUUGCCAGAACCACUCCUUCCCCUAAGCGUAAGAAAUCAAGGGGAAAAAGUGAAAAAGAAAAAAAAAAAAAAAAAA